AUGAUGAUCUCAGAGGCUGUCCUGUUUUUGAUACAGUACUCCUCUAAAGAGCUGGACGGUCAGGAGAAGACCAUCCAGACCGGAGACUGCUGCUAUCUCAACCCACUGGUGCAAAGGACCUUUCGCUUUCUGGGCGUCUACACGUUCGGCCUGUUCACCGUGGACAUCUUUGUGAACGCCGGACAGCUGGUGACGGGGAAUCUGGCCCCACACUUCCUGACGGUGUGUAAGCCCAACUACACAGCCCUGGGCUGCCAGCACGCCCUGAUCUACAUCAGUCAACAGGAGGCCUGCACGGGGAACCAGGAGGAUGUCCUGCGCGCACGCAAAACCUUCCCCUCCAAAGAGGCAGCGCUCAGUGUCUACGCAGCCUUCUAUCUUGCGAGUUACAUCACAUGUACAGUGGAAGUGAAAGGAACGCGGCUAGCCAAGCCUGUGCUGUCCCUGGGUCUGAUGUAUCUGGCUUUCCUCACGGGACUCAACAGAGUGGCUGAGUACCGGAACCACUGGUCUGACGUCAUCGCUGGAUUCAUCAUAGGAGUGGCCAUCGCCACUUUCCUGGUGGUGUGUGUGGUGCAUAACUUCAAAGGCAAGCUGUUGCUGAGUGGUGAAGACCCCCCACAGGAGAACAUGUCUAGAGUGGAGAGCCCACUGGAGAAGUACAUCACUUUGCAGAAUCACAUCGCCUUCGCUGAGGUCACAUGACGCUGAAUCGGCUGUUUGGCAAACCCAUUGGACAUCCACGCACUUCACCGUCCAAUCAAAAAUCGAAUAGCUCUUCACCGUCCAAUCAAAAAUCGAAUAGCUCUUCACCGUCCAAUCAAAAAUCGAAUAGCUCUUCACCGUCCAAUCAAAAAUCGAAUAGCUCUUCACCGUCCAAUCCCCCUCCCCCCCCCAAAAAUGGAAUAGUCAAGUUGCAACGCUAACUCAUUAUGCAUGGCUACUGUAUGAGGUCUGUUAGUGUUGUUGUCUGUUAAGUCCCUGUAUCAUGGCCUAUACAGCAGUCAGGGAAAACUCCUCAAAAGCAUGAUGGGAAAGGCCUUAAUGGGUUUCUCCAUUUAUUUAAUCUAUUUUGGGACUAAAUCCCCCAAUGAAGAAAAUCAACUGGAAUCAACUUGAAUUGACUGGACUCUUCUUUACAUGACAUGACCUGCUGUGACCCAGAUGCCUCUAUCUACUGAAGCAGAGAGGUGAUUCAUCCAUUUUCCCACAAUGUUGGUCAAAUGGGUUCUUAUUCAUCACUUCUAAAUAAUAAUUUUGUGUCUUUUCCAUCAGUAGAGAAGAACAGAGCAAAUUAUCGAUGUCUCUGUUAUGUUUCCCCUUGAAAACGAAAUUUUUGUAAUGCUCACUAAUGCACUUAACUGUCACAAAGGACAUAGCGACACACACCAGCACUUUAAAAUCAAACUCGAGUCAAAAACCGCAGGCAAGAUGGCCGCCCAUACUGCUGCUGCUUGAAAAAUAUACAUGUCAAUUCAGGAUUAGUCAAAUCUGCUAACGUGUGCGUUGCAAGACUUAACUGUUUAGUGUUAUUAUAUUCAAAUUAUGAAAAAAUAUAGCUGUAUAUAAUGUAUACAUACUUCAAUUUCCUUUUGCCAAACAUUGCUGUCUAUUUUCUUAUGGUUGUGUACUGUAUGUACUGUGUGUAUUGUGUGUACUGUGUGUAUUGUGUGUACUGUGUGUAUUGUGUGUACUGUGUGUAUUGUGUGUACUGUGUGUGUUUGUUCACAAAAAUUACUGUCCACGUGUUGUUUAUUUUAUCAAUUGACUAUUAGUACUUGAUUAUUUUGCUAUCAUGAGAUAGCUAUACCAUGUUAAAUAUCUAGGCAACACAUGGCUAUGUUCUUUCAUGAGAUAGCUAUACCAUGUUAAAUAUCUAGGCAACACAUGGCUAUGUUCUAUCAUGAGAUAGCUAUACCAUGUUAAAUAUCUAGGCAACACAUGGCUAUGUUCUUUCAUGAGAUAGCUAUACCAUGUUAAAUAUCUAGGCAACACAUGGCUAUGUUCUUUCAUGAGAUAGCUAUACCAUGAUACACUCCACAGGAUCGGUGUGUCCCCCCUGCGGACGGUUGAGCUAACAUGUGCUAAUGUGAUUAGCAUGACAUUGUAAGUAAAAAUAACAUUUCCCAGGACUUAGACAUAUCUGACAUGGGCAGAAAGCUUAAACUGCACUGUCCAAUUUACAGUAGCUAUUACAGUGAAAGAAUACCAUGCUAUUGUUUGAGGAGAGUUUUACAGUUAUGUAUCAAUAAACAUGUAUCAAUAAACCAAUUAGGCACAUUUGGGCAGACUUGAUACAAUAUUUUGAACAGAAAUGCAAUGGUUCAUUGGAUCAGUGUAAAACUGUGCGCAUACACUGCUGCCAUCUAGUGGUUCAACAUCUAAAUUGCGCCUGGACUUGAAUAAUCAUUGCAGCCUUUUUGGGGGGCUUUUGAAAGAUGAUGAAAGAAACAUGAUCUUUAAUCAGAUCGAAUCUAUUCUCCUACAUUCAUUUCACAUUUCCACAAAAAUUCAAAGAGUUUCCUUGCAAAUGGUAUCAAUAAUAUGCAUAUCCUUGCUUCAGGUCCUGAGCUACAGGCAGUUAGAUUUGGGCAUGUCAUUUUAGGCAAAACUGUAAAAAAAAAAAUGAAAAGGGUGGAUCCUUAAAUAUACAUCUAGGCUACACAUGGCUAUGUUCUGAUUGUUUUUAUACUCUUGACUUUUGAAUAGUGUUAAUAUUUCCUGUUUUUAUGUUAUAUUCUAAAAGUCUACCACAUAUUUCAUACUUUUUUUCUUUUCUUAAAACAAGUUUUGGUCAAUAGGCAAGACUUUUCAAUCUUUCAUGAUCCUUUUUUAAAUGGUGGAUUUGUAGUUAAUUUUUCUUUUUUGUCUUCUUCCUGGUUUGAAGUCAGAUUGUCACAUUGUCGUUUUAGCAUAGCGAUUCAUUUUGUGUGGAUGCUAUUGAUAGUAUUCCCACCCAGUGAUUUUACCAUACUUGUAUUUCAUUCCUUUCUCUUUUUUAACUUUAACAUCAAUCAAAUCAUGACCUUUUACACUGUAAGCAAAGUGACAUGUACAGUCUUUCAAUAAAAAAAUAUUUAAAUUG